GUCUAUUUUCGGCUGACCGAGUGUAUUUUCAAACCGAGGAGGUUCAUAAACAAGGAGCGAGUCUCGGAGAGACGCGCAGGAGGAACAGAAGCACCAGGAUCCGAUCACUCAGCGGCCGAUGAGGGAUUUUAACGACAAGAUAAGAGGAGCAAUGCACAGUGAGAGGAGGCUGCCGGGACGACAGGAGAAACUCGUACUCCUCAUCUUCUGUCUGCAGCUGUGGCACAGGCCCAUGGCUGAAGCGAUCCACCCGGACUGCGCCAUCAUCCAGCAGCACCUGCGGGCUCGGGAAAUUUGCAGCCAGAUGAGGAGGAGCGAGGCGCAAAACCAGAGCGACCACAGCGGGUGUAAAACAGAGUGGGACGAGAUCGGCUGUUGGCUGAGAGCUGACGUCGGGAAGGUGGUCAACGUAUCCUGCUCUGAAGUAUUUCAACAUUUCUCCAGCAGUCAAGGGUAUGUUUACAGGAACUGCACUGCUGACGGCUGGUCAGAAAUAUAUCCACCCUACGAGGAGGCCUGUGCAUUCACUGAAGAGCCUGAAUCUGAGAUGAGUUACCUCUCGACGUUCAGACAGGUUUACACUGUGGGUUAUGCCACAUCUCUCAUCUCCCUCAUUACAGCCAUAGUGGUGUUGACGGCCUUCAGAAAGUUCCAUUGCACCAGAAACUACAUCCACAUCAACCUCUUCUCCUCGUUCGUUCUGAGAGCCAGCGCCGUUUUCAUUAAAGACACGGUGCUGUUUGCUGACGAGACGCUGGAUCACUGCUCCAUGUCCACAACCGCGUGCAAGUCCGCCGUGGCUUUCUUCCAGUUUAGCAUCCUGGCCAAUUACUUCUGGCUGCUGGUGGAGGGCAUGUAUCUGCAGACCCUGCUCGCCCUGACCUUCGUCUCCCAGAGGAAAUACUUCUGGUGGUACAUUCUGAUUGGAUGGGGGCUUCCGUCAAUCGUUCUCAUACUUUGGGUGCUGACCAGAUUCUUCUAUGAUGACAGAGGCUGCUGGGAUGACACGGACAAUGUUAGUAUUUGGUGGAUUAUUAAAGGACCAAUAACAGCCUCGCUGCUGGUCAACAUAGUCAUAUUCAUCAAUGUGAUCCGGAUUCUGGUCCAAAAGCUGAAAUCAUCAACCAUGGCCGGGAACGGCGACACUGGACAUUUUAUAAAUCUAGCAGCAACACUGACUCUGCUACAAAAGGGGUUUGUCGUGGCGCUCCUUUACUGUUUCAUGAAUGGAGAGGUCCAGGCAGAGCUGCGGAGGUGGCUGUUGAAGUGUCACAGUCAAAACCAUCUGACUCCAGCCAAGAGAAGUAUCACUCAGAUCACAAUUCGAACCCAGAGGGGGCUCGGGCGGCCUCCUACUUGUGGCAACAUCUCCUCAGUAUGAUUUUAGACACUGUCCAUCAGAAAAAAAUACAGAAUAGCAGAGACUAAAGCUAAAUCUGCUGUUCGACUCAAAAACCCCUGUGUGAGAACACAAGACUAUAACAAACACUGCUGAGCCACUGAAGAUGUGUCAGGAUGCUUUUCAUCAGCUGACUCUGAAAGGACGGUACAACACACGGUUCUACACUGUGGGCUCUCCACCAACAAACACGAACUCUGGUGCUUGAGACCGCAGUGGAAA